CCAAAGGUGUUCAACUUCACUACCGCCUCGUGUCACCGCCCGGCUCGCCUCAACACAGUCUCACACACCUCACUCCUAUCAGAAGGGACCAAUAACACAGCCUCCACCCCACAUCGUGGUCCCGUCGCAGGCAGGUGGUGAGCAGUGGGAGUGUGUGAGUCCUGUAUAGGUAGGUGUGUGUCGCAGCUCUGCUCUUUUGCUGCAGACUCCGAUAACCCCCUCGGAGGAGAGACCGCUUCUCACAGACCUGCCCUGAGUUGGAGCACUCGCUCUGGAAGAGAUGUUUACUCGCCCAUGGAUGAAACAGUCCUCCUCACUCUAGCUCGUCUUCGCUGCGCUGUGCGAGAGACUGUCAAGGACUGAAGAUAAAUCACAUCACCACACACACACACACACACUCAAAAACUUGCAGAACACACACCAGCAGCGAUGAGCUCCUCGCUUCCGAAGAGCGAGUCCACCACGUCCCUCCUGCGGUCCAGCGCUCCGAGCCGGAGGUCGGCGCAUCACUCGGAGCAUGUCUCGAGCAGCCGGCACUCCCAGUACCGACACACCGGCGCGGGAGGCGGCGGUGGAGGAGGAGACGGUACCGAGGACUCGUGCUGGAACGACGACUGCGAUGCGAGUGCACGGAGACCCCUCUGCCAGCCGCGGCACGCGGGGGGCUCGCGGAGUGCAGGUGCUAGACGCGGCGGCAAACCUUCGUCGCACGGGAGACACAUUGACUUCGAGGAGGAUUACGGUUACGAGGAGGAGAGGUACCACGAGAGGAGCGAGCGGCACCGGAAAGACCACACCGGAAAGUCCCAUCGGCACUCUCACCAUCACCAUCAGCAUCACCACAACCACCACUCGUCACCCGACCACCAGCAGGGACACUCCCGGUCGCACCGAAAAGCCUCUCCGACCCCCUCGCUCACAAAGCCCACGGACGAGGCUGAGCUAUUCUUCGAGUCCAAGGAGCGCACGCAAGCCGGGUCUUCCCUCAGCCUCGCUUCAGACCCGCCGCCGCCGCCGCCGCCUCCCCCCGUAGUCGCACCUGCUCCCCCGCCGCCGGUAGUAUCGGGCAAGCGCUCCGGAAGAAAGGCAUCCGCCGUGUACUCCGAGUACGACGCCAUUCUCCAUCCCAUCGUCAAGUCUGUCUUCGGACAGGACCGGGAGCUAAGACCGGAGGAGAUGGAUGAGCUGCGUGAGGCGUUUAAAGAGUUUGACAAGGACAAGGACGGCUUCAUCGGCUGCAAGGACCUGGGCAACUGCAUGAGGACCAUGGGCUACAUGCCCACAGAGAUGGAGCUCAUCGAGCUGAGCCAGCAGAUCAACAUGAACCUGGGCGGCCAUGUGGACUUUGAGGACUUUGUGGAGCUGAUGGGACCAAAGCUGCUGGCAGAGACGGCAGACAUGAUCGGCAUCAAAGAACUGAGGGACGCCUUCAAAGAGUUUGACACAAACGGUGACGGCCAGAUCAGCACAGCGGAGCUGAGAGAGGCCAUGAAGAAACUACUGGGCCAACAGGUUGGCCACAGGGAUCUAGAAGACAUCCUGCGCGACAUUGACCUCAAUGGAGACGGACAUGUUGACUUCGAAGAGUUUGUGCGAAUGAUGUCUCGUUAAGGGAUAGACCAAGAAAAUGCUAUCCCCACCCCCCCUCACCCCCACCCCACGAAACCAGGACCUCUGUCCUAAGAUGCAAGGAAAAGGGAGGCGUAUUAAGAGGGAGAAGCCGUGAGCCUUCUGAACCAAACGACUGUUGAUCCCGCCAGUCUAAACUGAGGAGGUGGGAGUCAUCAUCUCCUAAUAUGACAGCAUCCUUUCCCUCCCGACGCAACUACCACCUGCUCAAAGAGGCUCUGCGAGCAGCACAGUGACAGGGAACACAGUGGCUGUCUCACAACCUCAGAGCACGCCGCUCGACUUCCACCACACAAGGGAUGCUUGUGUCAUGAAUCCCCACGCCACCACCCAAACUCCCCAACGCAACGUCUACCGACUGCUCGUCGGCUCCUGACUCAGCCACAGGAUGGAACACUCUCACUGCCAUUUCCUGACUCUUUUGCAACAAAGAUUUACCGAUAUUUUUGGCGAAUUGUUGGCCAAUUAUCAUUCCUUCUUAAUAUAUUCCAUUUGGAUAUAUUACAAAAAGAUAUAAUUAGCAGAAAUGCAAUAGUGAGGUAAUAUCUAUUUAUGUACUGGCGAAAAUGUUUAUUUGUGUAUGUGUGUGUGAGAGAGAUGUAUUGAGAGGAAGGGGGAGAAGGAGGGGGAGGAUAAAAAGGGAAAUUGGACCGAGGGGGUGUGCUGUUUUUUUCUGUCCCUCUGGAGAGCUGUCCAAUAUUACAUGCUGUAAUGGUAACUGGACACUGAUAAGGUCUCAUAUCAGAACUUGUGAUAUUAAAUAUCAUCUGAAAUGCUGGAGAAUCUUCUCUAUAAACGCUAAGAACAUUUGCACUACUGCACUUCUCUAUAACUAAUUUAUUUUGUGUUUUCAUUUGAGCGCACACAUGCGUCCACUGGCAUGAAACCUAUAUGAACAUAUCCACGUCUGUGAGGUCCGCUGUGUUCUCUGUGGAGUGUGCGGACCUCGUCUGCUCGUCGUCCUCCUUAUUCUGACCAUCUCCUGCAUGAGUAUCCGUGUUAUCUUUAACGAUGUAGCUAACGUAGAGAGCCAUGGCGGGACUCGACUCAUCUCGUCAUCUGUCAUAUUUCAUGUCCUGGGUGCUGUGUUAUUCACUGACUGACUCUAUGCCUGCUGAAGAAGUGCUGUACAGUAAUUGGGAGCUGUGUGCCGUGCGCAACCAGGAAAUCAUGCAAAAAUACAUGUUUGAUUCCAAAGGGGAGUAAGAACUACUACUGUGAUGAAAUAUCAAGUGUCAUUCUGUUCCAUGACCAUGUUAUACUGUGUGUGUGUGUGUGUGUGUGUGUGUGUGUGUGUGUGUGUGUGUGUGUGUGUAUGUUUGUAUGUGUAUGUGAUAUGUAAACUGAAUAAAGACAAACUUUCUGUAAAUGUAUGUGUGUGCAUGUGUGUGUGUGUGUGCGUGCGUACGUACGUGCGUGCGUGCGUGUGUGUGUGUGUGUGUGUGUGUGUGUGUGUGUGUGUGUGCGUGUGUGUGUGUGUGUGUAGAAGUUGGUCUUCUUGUGUGUGCUUGCUUUUAUGGGUGUUGAAUAUGUGAUUGCCUAUUUUCAAUCUUUUGUCUGAAUUAAAGUUAAUAUGUUUAGAUUCUAUGCAUGCCAAAAACAGCUAUCUUUGUAGCAAUAUAAUAGAUUUGAUUAAAGAGUCCGUU